GACCGGUUGUCAACGCAGGUCCGAAAAGGUCAGCAGAAACACAAAACAACAGCGAUUCGCUGGAAGUGGGGGCACGCUGGCGAGCAUCAGCCUCAGUUUGUUCCAAAAGAUUGCCAACAUUCACUGCAACUAUGGAAGAGGACGAUGUGGCGGACUUUUUCGAUUUUUCCAAAUCAUUCAAACGCACCGUCGUAUCGGGCGGAUACAUCAAUGGCGCGGUUAAACCACAGAAGCUUAACAUCCAGACGCUGCCGGAACGGGCGCAUCAGGGAACGGAAUACGCGGAAAAGUUUUGCCGGGAAGAGGAGGCUCGACUAAUGGAGGGAUGGGUGGACGAAACGUUGAACAAGUCGACGGCAUCGCGACUCGAGCAGGUGGACGACAUGUCGUCGGUGAUGGAGGAAGACACACAGCACCUGCAGCGUGUGCGGGCAAAGGAGCUGAUGGAGCCGCUGUUCAGUCGGUACAACUUUACCGUCACCCCGAACCGGCUCACGAUUCAUCAGUCGAAGCAGGACAUUCUGAAGGCAAUACGCGAGAAUCCGGUGGUCGUGCUGCAGGGUAUGACGGGAUGCGGUAAAACGACGCAGGUGCCUCAGUACCUGCUGGAGGAUGCGUACAAUCGGAAGGAGUGGUGCAACAUCGUUGUCACACAGCCGCGCAAGAUUGCCGCCUCCUCGAUCGCGCGACGCGUUGCCGAAGAGCGCAACUGUGCGCUCGGUUCGCUCGUCGGGUUCAAGGUGGGCCUGAAGGAGAUGGUCAGCGAAGACACGCGCCUGACGUACGUGACGACGGGCGUGCUGCUGAACAAGCUCAUCACCUCCAAGUCCAUCAGCAGCUACACGCACAUCAUUCUGGACGAGGUGCACGAGCGGGAAGUGGAUAUGGACUUUCUGCUCAUCAUCGUGCGCCGCCUGCUGGCCACGAUGCACAACACAAAGAUCAUACUGAUGUCGGCCACGAUUGAAUCGUCCGAGUUUGCGCAGUACUUCAAGAUACCGGGCCCGAACAGUCUGUUCGCACCGCAGCUGGCCGUUUCCAACGUUACGCAGCACGAUGUGUCGGUGUACUAUUUGGAAGAUUUGGAAAAGCUGAGGGUUGACUUUACCAUCAAGUACGAACAGCCGGAUGUGCACGAGAAGAUGUACUUCCUGGCGGCCAAAGUGGCGGUGGUGUGCGAUCGAUUCAUCGACGAGUUUGAAUCGGCGUCGGCCAUCGAUUACAAGCCGUCGAUCAUCAUGUUUCUGCCCGGCAUCAACGAAAUCGAACGGAUGGCGGACGUGCUGCGCAACUUCCUGGGCGACAGCAAUGUCAACUCGCAGGAGCAGACCAAGUUUACGAUCCUGAAGCUGCACUCGACACUGCCCUCGGAGGAGCAGGCGCUGGUGUUCACCAAACCGUCACCCGGCUACCGGAAGGUGAUUCUGUCGACGAACAUUGCCGAAAGCUCGAUCACCAUACCGGAUGUGAAGUUUGUGAUCGAUUUCUGUCUGCAUCGUGUACUGGUUGCCGAUACGCUGAACAAUUUCACCACUCUGCGCACACAGUGGGCAUCGCGCAACAACUGCAUCCAGCGGGCGGGACGCUGCGGGCGUGUGAUGAAUGGGCGCGUGUACCGGCUGGUGAACAAGCACUUCUUCGAGCACGGGAUGGCCCAAUCGAUCGAGCCGGAAAUGGUGCGCUGUCCGUUGAGCAAUGUCGUGCUGAAAACGAAGCUCCUGGACAUGGGGCCACCGCACACGAUACUCGCCCUGGCCAUGUCGCCCCCGAACCUGUCCGACGUGAGCAACACGGUGCUGCAGCUGAAGGAGCUGGGUGCACUGUUGCGAACGGCCAAGGGUGUGUACGAUCUGCAGGACGGUGACAUCACGUACCUGGGCAACAUAAUGUCUACGCUGCCGCUGGACAUACACCUCGCGAAGCUGGUCGUGCUGGGGUACGUGUUUUCCGUGCUCGAGGAAGCCAUCGUCAUCGCGGCCGGCAUGAACGUGAAGAACAUUUUCUGCCAGCUGCGUACGAUCGAAGCGCUGCGGGUGAAGCGCCACUUUGCCAACGGCUCUGCGUCCGAUGGUAUCGCGAUCCUGAACGCGUACAACUGGUGGCGCUCGAUCAAGGAGCAAGGCACGGGGGGUGACACGACCGAAUGGUGCAAUCGGUACAUGCUCGAUCGGAAGUCACUCAUCGAGAUGGCCGAGCUGGUGCAGGAAAUAACGAUGCGGCUCAAGACGGCGAACAUACGCGUCGUUAGCGGGGCGAACAAUGCCCGGUGGACCGAUCGGGAGCGUACGGUCGUGCUGAAGGUGGUGAUGGCGGGCGCGUUCUAUCCCAACUACUUCAUCCCGACGUGCGUCACCGACCGCGAGCUGAGCGACCGGAUGGUUUACACCGAGAUCGGUGGCCGGGACCCGUUCAGUACGGUGUUUUUCUGCGGGUUCGACCACAGCAACUACAUCGGUCCGCUGUACCGGAAUGAGAUCCGGGCGCUGCUGACCGAGCGCAAGCCGACCAGUGAGAAGCACCAGGUGAAGGUGGAAUUCGAGCGCAGCACGAACAAAAUCUUUGUGCAGUUCCAGUAUCCACCGGACCAGCAGAGCGGGAAGAGUCUGUACGAGGAGCGCAACUCGGCCGAUCGCGUGCAUCCGGGUGUGUACGAGGCGAUCAAGCUGCGCCUGCUGCGCCACAACCAGUCGGAGCUGCUGGUGAUGCACCACAACGACGCGGUUGCCUACGCGACCGAGCGUCAGCUGGGCGUGUGGAGAAACCACGAGUGGCACCCGCGCAGUGUCGAGAUCCCGAAUGCGCACCUCUCGGUUGAGCCGCCGAUCCACUGGACCCGGGUGACGGCCACCGUUACGCACGUGGAGCACCCGAACAAGUUCUACCUUCGCCCGCACGACGAAAAAAACGACAACAUCUACCACGACAUCAUGGAGAAGCUGAACGGGUGCGAUGCAGUGUUGCGCGCCUUCCCCGAAGGCUACGCGUUUAAGCAGCGCGAUAUCGUGGCCGCACCGCUGCCGAACAUGGUCACGGGCAAGAUGGCACGCGCCAAGCUUCUGCAGCAGUGCUUUGUUCGCGGCGUCGAACACUGGACGGUGUUCUUCAUGGACUUCGGACUGACGGCCGGCGUGUCGGUGAAGUGCUUCCGCCAGCUGCGCGGUACACCGCUGGACAUGUUCACAAAGUUCCCGGACCGAGUGUUUCUGGCAUCGCUCGCGGAGGUGCAACCGUCCGCCGUCCGAUCGCCCAAGGACGUUUGGAUGGAGGAAACGAUCAAGCACUUCCGGCAGCUCGUACACGGCCAGCAGUUCGACGUGGAGGUGUACUCGGUGGUGAACCGUGUCACGAUGGUGGUACUGCGCCACAAUCCGGACGAUCCGAUCGACCUGACCAUCAACCGGGCGCUGAUCAAUUCGCACCACGCCCAACUGUCCGAGGAAUCGUACAUGUCGAAGAUGAACCACGAGAAGCGAAAGCGCGUACAGUUCGAGAUGGAGCUAGACCCAAUGUACAAGACGCAGAUACUGAACGACAUUUCCGAACAGCAACGCUUCCUGGAGGAUGACGACGUGGACGACCUGGAGCUGCCGCGGGAUCUGCUCAAGGUGCGGCUAAUGCUGCGCGGUCCGUACAGCCCGCUCGAGGUGAAGUGCAGCUCGACGGUGUUCUCCGGCUAUCGGAAGCCGGUCAUUAUCGAGAAGGAGUCGCUGAACUCGGUGCUGCUCGACACGAACCCGCAAAACACGCACGAAAAGCUGCUGGUGGCGGGUUGCGUCAACGAAACGUCCAACAGCCGGCUGAUCGCGCGUAUGACGACCAUGAUGCCGAACAUUCCCGGACUGCCCGCGCUUAUGACGCUCAUCUUUGCGCCCACCUGCCUGGUGAAGAAGGAUCCGGACGAAACGCGUGUCGUGGGGUUGCUGGCCGGGCUGGGCACGGAUCCGCGCACCGGUGAAUCGAUGUAUCCCGAGCAUGACAUGUCGCUGGCAGUGGAUAUUGCUAUCGAUGACGACGACAUUGCAGACAUCAAUGCACUGCGCUAUACAAUGGACUCUAUUCUGCACGGCGGACAUAACGAGCAGACACCCAUGUUUGGCGAGUACAGCAUCGAGUCGCUGAUGGUCAAAGUGAAAGAUUAUCUGAUCAAAAUAUUGCAGCGUGAUCGACCCAUUCAGGACAAUCGCAGUAUGGCGCACGAUUUCAGCUGGGUAAAGGAAAAUCCAUCCACAAGCACGUCGGGCCAGAAGCGUUUGCGAAGCACUGCGAUCGAUAUCUACACCAAAGCCAUCUUCCCACUGUACCAUAAUCUUAACCUCCGUCCAAUGACGGCCGAUCGGAUGGAGUUCCUGCGGCAGCACUGCAAGGAUCUACACCUGCUGACGCAAUCGCGAGUUCCGUUGCCAAAAGGUGGCAUUACGUGCCGUCUGUGCAAUGUGACGCUGGAAUCGGACCACACGUUGCGCAUCCAUUUCUACUCGAAGCUACACUGCGAUCUGGAGCUGAAGAUCAACUACCGACGCUGAGAUGUGUAAGCAUCACACGCUUCCACUUGGCCACCGAUCAUUUCGUAUGUUUGUUUUACUUGUUUGGUUUACUUUUAUUUCUCUUUCUAAAAUUUAUUAACAAGAUGGGGAAUUUUUGUUUUGUUUGCCAAAGUAAUUACGCGACAAAAGGUUUUACACAGUUACCUUCUCUUUAAAGAUAUUAUGUUGUGCUACAAUCGUUUAAAACCAGUCCCACAGACUUUAAUGAACAAAUUAUGCAUUUCUGACACUUUUUUUGCCUUUAAAUUCUAUUAUGAUUGUGACGGGGAGUUUACAAAGAUAAUAACGAAACAAUACAAACAAGAAUAGUUAGCAAUCGUUAGCAAAUGCGCUAAUACCAUUGUGAUGAAUUUUGAUAUGCAAUAUCAACUUUAGUGCCGACGAAUUUGACAAAUUUAUACCGUAGAGUGAGGAUAUUAUUUUUUGCUGAGAAUAUUAUAAUGACGAAUUAUGAAAGCAUUCAAAAGAUA